AUGAAUAGUGAAGUCAAUGACAAGUCCAACCAACAGUAUUACACCAAAGUGAUCAACCACGAAUUCCGGAACCUCCAGCUCGAUCCUGAAUUAGCGUCAAAAUCGCUAUUUGAUCUCAUUGACUACUGUGAACUUUUAUACGAGAAGUCUGCCACGGCGUUCUCUUCCGGUGAUCACCACAACGGAUUGAAGAAUUACAUCAAGGGAUACUUGAUCUUCAACUAUUUCAUUAACAGCUUCAUUAUGCUCCACUUUAAGGGCUUUGACGCCUUUGUCGAGUCCAACGAGCAGGACUUCAUCAUCUAUCUCAAUGUAUUUGCCUUUUAUAACGCUGACGACAUUAUACGAAACAGCUCACACACAGUUUCGCUGGCGACGCUUCGCGGCUACAUCAAAAAGUACCUUGUCGACUCAAACUUGCUUAGUUUUAACGUGGAGGAGCUUUAUGCCUGGCUCCAUGAGUAUAUAAAAUACCUCAAGGAAAAAGACCGAUCCAUGGUGGAAAUCAAUAUCUCCAGUGGUGACGAAAUGCGCUCAGAUGGUGAUCUUUUUGUCGAAACUGCAACGUCGUCUUCAACAAGACAGACGUCUAAUGGAAAUUCUCUGAUCACAAACGAUUCUGUCUCAGAAUUCAAGCACAGAUUUCCGUCCUUAAAUGGGAAAAAUGAUACAUCGCUCUUUGGUUCUAAGAAGCUUCCUCCACCUUCGCCUCCAAAUAUUCCACAUCCAAUUCCAAAGCACUUUUCUCCAUCUUUGCUUCCUCCACAUUCUCCGCCACCUCCUCCGCCUCAUUCUGCUGCAAAUACAUUACAACCAAAUAGAGCUAGUACGUUUCCAGGAUCACCUACAGCUUCGGCUCCGUAUCCUCCUGACGAAAUUACAAGCAGAUCACCAAUUCCGUCGCCAAUAUCUCCGGGUUUGAGAUCUCCGGUUGCUCCAGAAUUGGCCAACGAUACAGACGAGUGGUAUUUCCUGAAUCCACAAAAAUCACCUACUGAUGCAAACCCAAAUACAAAUUCAUAUAGCAAUCUACAGAACAAUAGCGGCAAUAUUUCCCACCGUCCUCCACAAACGAUUCCCAUAGCUAGGCCGGUGACGCUGCCUACAAACAAUGGUAACAAUAACCACUACAUGAAUAACAAUAAUGUCUUUCACAAUGGCCAACAAUCCAACAACCCAUUUCCUAACUAUCCUCAACAGCAAGAGGUAGGCCAGCAAGUAAAUCAACAAGGAGCGAAUGGUUAUUAUGACAAUAAUGGUCCUAGCAGUGUGCAACAUUUCGGAGCACCUCGCUCUUCUGUUCCUCAACAUGUGCAGAUGCAACAGUAUCAGAUCAAAACUCAGAAGCAGCAAUACAUGCAAGAGUAUUCUGUUUGUGGAUUGAGAAACUUUGGUUCUUCCUGUUAUAUCAACCUGACAAUACAGUUGAUAUUCGGUGUUCUGUUGUUCAAGUCGUUGUUCAUCAACCUGGCGUACCAGAGAUAUGUCAAGGAUCCCAAGUACUUGAGACUUAUCCUGUCGCUGAAGUUGAACAGUCACCACAAAGAUUCUAUUCUUCUCUCUGAAGCAAUUUCAGCAUUGUUACGAACUUUCUCACAGCAUGGAAGUGUUUCUAUAGCUCCUACAAAGUUCAUCAGAGUGACGUCCUUGUUGAAGCCAGACUUCAAUAUUCCAUACGAACAGCAGGAUGCACAGGAGUUUCUACUCUUUGUUUUGGAGAGACUUCAUCUGGAGUUGUCCAAUAAGAGCAUUGAAACCAACUACGAGCUAGAGGACUAUAUUCGUAAGUGGGAUAUUAAUGUCAAUAUGAAGGAUAGAAACGAAUACUUGAAGUGGUACUUGUCCCUUGUGAAACUGGAAGGAACGUCUCCAGUCCAUGAUCUUUUCCAGGGCCACUUGCAAAACAAAUUGACAUGUAAUUCUUGUGGAUAUGAGUCUAUUAGUUAUUCUCCAUUUACCAUUUUGUCACUACCGAUUCCAAGCAGCCAUAGCAGUAAGAAUGUGGUCAACUUAGCCGAUUGUUUACGCUACUACUCCCAGGAUGAAGUUCUCAGUGGAGAAAAUGCCUGGAACUGUCCCAAGUGUAGCAAGAACGGAGACCAAGUUUCUGCUAGCAGUGUUCUUGAUAAUCAUCCUGUUUUCGUCAACAAGAAGUCAGGAAUCUUCAAACUAGGCAGAAGAAGCAAAUCGCCUUCUUCUCAGACGAGCACGAAAACAACGACAAGUUCCAUUCACUCCAACAUUUCAACGAAGAGUUUGAACUUCAUCAAAUUGCCACAGAUUUUGAUUAUUCAACUCUCCCGGUUUUCAGUCUUCAACUUGACUGAUAAGUUAGACACAUACAUUCAAUAUCCGUUGAAAUUGAAGUUCAAUAAUGACGGUCAUGAAAUUGUGUACAAAUUAUCCGGUUUGAUAAAUCACUUUGGUAAUCUUAAAAGCGGGCACUACACAUCCAUUGUCAACAAAUCUACGGUCAAUCAAAAUCUAGGAAGUAAUUUGGACAAUCUCAAAGUUCCUUAUUGGUGUUUGUUUGAUGAUGAGAAUGUGAAGGUGAACUUGCCUCACGGAAGUAUUACGCAGCCUGGUAUGGGUGCUAUCAACUCCAAGGAUGUCUAUGUGUUGUGCUACGAACGAGUCUAA